ACCGGUUAUAGAGUAGAAUAGGCUAAGAUGGACCAAAUUUUAGUUAGUAUGGGCUUGUAAACCAAAUAGAAGGAAACAAUAUGAGUGGGAAGUGGACUUGACAAUUAAGGAAGACAAGUUGUGCCUUUUUUUUUUUUUUUUUUUUCCUUUUGGGUGUCACACGUUGUGUGUAUAGAGUAGAUCGCCAGAUUUUUAGCAUUACACAGAUUGAUACUGACGAUACGUGUCUGGGUUCUCCGCUCAAAUGUACAUUCUCCCUCCCCGUUUAAUUCUAUUCCUCCACUCCUUAAUUUUUCCCCUGCAAUCUGCCCCCCUUUUUCUUUGUUUUUCUUCUUCAUGGCUUCAUCAGUAGAAUCUCAUCAGCCACCGGUGGAGGCGGAAAAUAUUCAAGACGCCGCCACCACCACCCGAGUUGAAGAUGAAGUGCAGCCCAUCAAAUCAAACGUCACAGCUGUGGGCAGUGUUGCUGCUAAACUCAUUGCCUCAAACACCCGAAAGCUUAGCUCUUUCCACGAUGAAGUGAGGAUGUUGGUAUUUGAGGAGAUACUGCCAGCGGGAGAAAAACUCUCAGAAGUCAUCAAUCAAACCAAUGAGAAUGUUAAGUAUCUUCCAGGAAUAAAGCUUCGCCAAAAUGUUGUUGUAGACCUAAACCUCGAAAAUGCAGUUCAUGAAGAGCAUAUGCAGAAAGCUUGUUGGGAAGAUAAGAGAAGAUGGUGAAGCCAUUUCUCUGAUUAAAGUAAUGGAAGUGAAGAAAGAAGGUCCCUGCAUGAUCUAUACCCUAAUUUCUGAACAGCUUGGAGUUAAUUGUUGAGUUUUGAUGGGGGCAAAUAUUGCCAAUGAGAUUGCAGUCGAGCAGCUAGGUGACUGUUGGAUACAGAAAACAUAAAGAGACUGCAGAAUAAUGGUUCAUGUAUUCAACACUUCAUACUCCAUGGUCUCAGCUGUCUUUUGAUGAGCUCGAAGCAGAGAUUAUACAGGGCCAGAAAUUACAGGGUGUCUUAACGGCAAAAGAGGUUUAUGAGGUGUUAAGCCAUCGGGGAUGGUUAAAGGCUUAGAGCUGUUCCCUCUUUUCUCGACAGUGCAUGAGAUUUGCAAUGGUCGUCUUCCACCUUCAGCGAUAGUCGAAUAAAGUGAGCACACUCCCAAGUUUUCUCUUGUGGGAGGUUCAGAUCAAUACUUGUGAAAUUUAAAUGAACAAAAUCAAUAGAAAUUAUGUUUCCUUUUCAAAUUGCCUGUGCUGAAAUUUGUUCCUCUGUACAACUAGUAUGGCACUUAAACCUUAGAAGCAAAUAUUAUCUUAUGCUACAUGUAAGCAGUUGAACACAUGGCACCAGAAAAUUUAAUAGCUUUGGAUUGCAGA